AUGGAAGAAGUAACCCCGGCUGACGUGUACCGUUGGUGUAGGGAGAAAGGAGUGGAACCCUUGUGUAGUUUCGGAUUGGGAGGACCACUGUCUAUAGUCAGUGACGACCUCGUACUAAAAGCACUGGGAAACCUGUAUGGAGUUAGCCAACCUUGUGUGGUUGCACGGUGGAAAGGACUAGCUGGCGACACGUAUGCCAUACUGGUUAGUAAUAGGAACUCAUUGGACCAGACCCUCCUACCAAGUAUGGUCGUUAUUGAGGGGCUUCCCGGGUGGAAGAUACAGUUGGUGUGGCCCGAAGGGAGAGAUAGUGGGGAGGAAGAGGCUGCGUCCGAAGAGGAUCACGGAGACACCCACCCAUCCCCAGGGGACGGCUUACACUUGACCAGCGGGGAAGCCGAAUGCCCUGGGAAUAAGAAUGAAAUUAUCGGGACAGGAGUCGACGUCGUAGUAGAUAAGAUGGUUAGUCAACUGGAAAGAUGGCAUUAUGAAGGCGGCUAUCGACGGUUAAGAAUAUUCUCCGGAAUCAUGCCUGUACCUGCAGGAGAGGAGGGUUAUGACACCAUGAGGGAGGCAGCAGUCCAGCAUUCGGAGGAGUGGCAGUGCCCCGAGCAUAUCAAAAAACAACGUAUAGUGGAAAGCCUAAGGGGGCCCGCCAUGGGAGUAGUACAGGCCACCCGGAGGAGCAAGUUGAAUGCUACUCUCAAAGAUUACAUUGAGACUCUCGAUUUCUCCUUUGGAACUUUAGAGGACGUGGGUGAUUUAAUGGCUAGAUUGACCCGUACAUAUCAAGAGCCUGGAGAGACACUGACCCACUUUAUAUACCGGGUGGAUAGAUUACUAUACAAGAUUGUAGACAAAGGGGGUAUAGAUAAGGGUGCAGUUGAUGCAAGCAGGAUGAAACAGGUGCUAAAAGGGGCAUUGACAACUAACCCUGUGGCUCAGAGACUUAGAUGUACCCGGGCGACUGGGACGCCGCCUACUUUGACGGAUCUGGUAAAAGAAGUUAAGCUGGAGGAGGUUCAGAUUGAAGCUCGGGAGAGAAAUGUAAAAAAAGUCAAAGUUGUGAUGCCAACAGUCACUCCUCCACCAAUGGAUGACCGAUUCUUGAAGUUAAUUGAAGAACAGAACAAAAAAAUUGAUCAGUUGAUAGCCCUGCAAACCCAGGCUGAGCCCCUACCUUAUUGGAACCUAGGAACCGGGCGAGGGAUAAGUCGAGGCAGGGGUGGUCGGAAUCCUAUAAUAUGCUACAGCUGUGGUCAGCCAGGACACAGAUCAUUUGAAUGCCCAGGUAAUGGGUCCCAGAGAGGGGAAUACAGUGGACCAGUGAGGAGAAGAACAGCACCAUUGGAAAACCCCAUUGGGAGCUCUGUGACCCCCGCACAGGCUCCCCAAUCAUAA